AGGUUACACAAACCGGUGCAUCAAAGAGAGGUCGUGGGGCCAUGACGGGUUUGAAAAGGAAAAAGGUCGAUAUGAUUGGGCUGAACCAUGUGGAUUUCAGGACCACUUAAAUCCCUAUCUAUCAAAGACAGAAGCCCAUAACUCUCAGAGCCAUGCAACAAACGCACUUCGGUAA